AUGGCAGCAGAAACCUCAGGAUCUGUUGAUUCAUAUAUCGGAAGCCUUGUAAGCUUGAUUUCUAACUCCGAGAUUCGGUACGAAGGCGUUAUUGCCACCAUCAACACUAUGGAAGGAAGCAUCGGAUUAACAAAUGAGAAAAACUACUGUCGAAAGGUAAAAUCAUUGACAUCAUUUGCUUCUUGCAUUAGUAGUAGUUUGGGUGGGAGGUGGAGUUUUGAAGGACACCCUGAGCCGCUUACCACUUUGAGGAUUGAUAGUCUACCAGAUCGAGUUGUUAGAUCAUUUGGAACAGAGGGGCGUAAAAACGAUGGCCCACAAGUGCCUCCAAGUGACAAAGCAUAUGAGUACAUUUUGUUCCGUGCAAGUGACGUAAGGGAAUCAAGCCUAAUAUUCAGGUCAGAAGAGGUAUUACAUGUCAAAUCUUCUCCACCUGUUCAAAGUACCUCUAGUAUAUACAAUGAUCCUGCCAUUAUACAGUCUCACUAUGUUGCAUCUACAAGCUUGCCUUCUGCUGGUACUGGAUCUUCACAACAUCUUAUUUCUCAUGCUUCACAUGUGGGACUACCCAUGUCAACAGUCCAAUCCAGUCUUCCCUUAUAUUCCCCCAGUGGGAGUUCAGGGUCAUGGAUUUCAUCACUUCCUCCAACCACUAAUGGCACCGGGCUUGAGGAGCCAAUGCAUCAGCAAGGAUUCUAUGGGGCUUCAGUUGGGCUUCAAGCCCAGCACCAAUAUUGUCUUCAACCCUCACCAGGCUUGUCAAUGGCACUUUCCAUGCCGGCGAUGCUGCAAUCAAUGCCAUAUCCUGCUAUUAGUGCAUUUUUACCUAGUGGAGCUUCUAACCUACCAGCUACAAAGUUGGCAGAUUUUCCACCUCCUUUCCUGCCACGUUUCAGCAACGGCACCCUGAAUCAGAACUCAUCUAUACUUCCCAUUCUGUCUACUGCCAUAGCUUCAGACUCAACAAGAGCUUUGAUGUCUGACAAGGCUUCUACUCCAGCUCUUCCUGAAACUUUUACUACUAGCCUGCCAUUGGCAUCUUCAUUUGCUACUCUUUUGGAUAAGAGUGCCAUUACACCAGCUGUUCUUGAUAGGCUGAAGACUAAUACUAGUAUGAUACUGCCGUAUAAUACUGCCUCUGAACCUGAGACUGCUGCUGCUGGGACAUCAGGUUCUUUUCUGAAUGAGGGAUCCCCACUUUCUUCAGCAACCCCGGAUCAACUUUUGCAGUCUGGGCCUACAUCCCAGCCUUCCCGAACAACUCAGCGGGCUGUUCAGGUAUCAUCUUCAGAACAUUCGCUACCAACAGGAGCAGAAGCUCUGGGACCGAUACUCCCAAUGCCAACGAUACUUCCUCUGCCUGUGCCACCUGAUCGCAAGUUCAGUGGAGUUCCUUCAGUCACUCGUGGCAAUCGUCGAGGGGAUCAUGAAAGAUCCAGAGGAAAUGGGUUGCAUCCAGUGACCAGAUUCACAGAGGAUUUUGAUUUUAUUGCAAUGAAUGAAAAGUUCAAGAAGGAAGAAGUGUGGGGUGAUCUUAGUAAAAAUAAUGCAACUCAAAAUGGACAUGGUUCACAAGAUGAGGAAGAUGCAGGACCGUCAAAGAUUGAGAGUAAGCCUGCUUACGUUAAGGAUGACUUCUUCGAUUCCCUAUCUUGCAAUGAUUUCGGUCACGGAUCGGAUAAUGAGAGGACUAAGUUCUCUGAACAAAGAAAAAUAGAUGUAGAGACAUUUGGUGAUGCCAAGAGAUAUCAUGGGGAUUGUGGUCGUGGUCGUGGUCGUGGUCACGGCUGUGGUGGUUUUCGUGGGUUUGGUCGUGGUGGCCAUUCACGUGGUGCUUAUAAAGGGAGGAGCUAUGGUUAUAACGGGAGAGGUCGAGGGCGGCAGGCAUAGGAUGUAGCAGUAUGUCAAAGUCUAACCACACUUAUACAACAGCACUUGGGGUGGUGUGUUGCAAUAAGUUGAACCUAAAUUCUUAGCUAGCCUGCACUUCAGAGCAGGAAUAAGUCGAUACCCCUGUUCUUUUCUUUCUUUUAUUGGAUUCUUUUCGUGAUUGUUAUUAUAUUCCUCUGGUAGUUGCUCCGAAGGACUUGUCCUGGUGCACAAGCAAAACCCUAAAGAUGAAGAGAUUUUUACUUCACUCUACAGGAAAACAACUAUC